AUGCUUCCGUCGCUGUCCACAACGGACAACCUGGAACAUUCUAAUACUGACAGGCAGAUCACUAACUUCAAAGAAGACAUCCCUGUGAUCUGGAGGCCGAGGGACUUGGCACUGAGCGGCAAACGCGUAGCUGCUGCUUCGGUCCACGCUCACACCAACGGGGAGUCCCGGCGCUCCCGGAGGUCGUCCUCUGCAAAACGCCGGCAGCUCCUCAGAGAUGCGGAGGACCGCCGGCUCCUCUUCCAUUGUGCCUACAGCAAGAACCUCUUUGAUGCAUACUGCGUCCUCCUUGGCUGUGCCUGCCUCUGCUGCAUCCCCUGCGUCCACGCUGACAACCACCUGCCCCUCUCCCCUGGUGCCUGCAGCAGGAACCUCAGACAAUCUGUUGAGAGCCUGUGCUGGCAGAAGAAGCCUUCGCUCCACUUCUGGUUCCAGUUCCUGCUUCUGCUUUGUCUCCUGGUCUUCAUUUUGUGUUUUUACCUGUUCAACAGCUCUUUGUCAUGGCAGGAGAGAUUUCUACUGUACAGACAACAAUGGUUCUUCAAUAAGUCCAAUCAAGUUAAUGUAUCAGCUUAUAAAGUUCAUCCAACGCACAAAGCUGUCAUUCCUGAAAUCUACAAAACCACAGGCCCUCCUACUGUGCAUCCUGAAGGUAUCCAGCACCACCAAGCCUAUCCACUCAACUACCGUUUUAUUAUGGAUAACCCAGAGGUUUGCCAAAAAGAAACCCCUUUCCUGGUCCUAAUGGUUCCAGUAGAACCAAGUAACGUUCAAGCUCGGGAUGCAAUCCGGCAGACAUGGGGAAAUGAAAGCCUGGUUCAGGGGCAGUUGGUGGCCACUUUGUUCAUGUUGGGUCGAUCUGGUGAAGAUGAUUCUGAGAAGCUGAAACAGGAGAAUUUACAGCAUCAUGACUUGAUCCAGAGUGACUUCAUGGACACGUAUGUUAAUCUGACCAUCAAAACCAUGGUGAUCAUGGACUGGUUGACCACACGCUGCCGUAAUGCAACCUACGCCAUGAAGGUUGACUCUGACAUGUUUCUGAACAUUGACAAUCUGGUGAUCAUGCUAAAAAAAGCAGAAAUCCCCACGAAGGAAUACCUGACAGGGAAUAUUAUGUGGAACAUCCCAGUAAUCCGUUCAAAGGAAUCUAAGUGGUAUGUUGCAGAGGAGAUGUUCCCUGAUUCUGAAUACCCAACAUACACUCUGGGAAUGGGAUAUAUCUUUUCCAAUGAUCUUCCAGAGAAAUUUGUAAAUGUCUCAAAAGAUAUAAAACCUUUUAACAUAGAGGAUGCUUAUAUUGGAGUGUGCAUGAAAAAGCUAGGACUUUCACCCACACCUCCACCCAAUCCUUCCCAGUUCAAGACUUAUAACACAAAGUACAACCGCUGUGAGUACUCGCAGAUAAUCACCUACAUUCUUGGAUCUCCACAAGAGUUGGUGAACUAUUGGACAGAUUUAAAGAAGCCUGGACCACACUGUUAGGAUGAUAUAUUAUACAGAAGCACUGAGAAAUUGAUUGAAGGGGUUAGUUUAUCUAUAGAUUUCACUGUAAAGGAGCCAUUUAUUGGGGUUCCAGGAUUUUGAAGGUGAACAGAAUGUACUGUAG